AUGACUGACAAAGCUCUUCAGCGUGCACAAGAACUGAUCGCCGUGGGCCAAACGCAAGCCGCCCUCAAUGUCCUUCACGAACAUGUUACCUCGAAGCGCUCCCGGAACAGCGCCAUCUCGGCACUGGAGCCGGUUAUGCUCCUUUUCGUCGAGUUGAGCGUCGAUCUACGAAAGGGAAAAGCCGCGAAGGAUGGGCUCUACCAAUAUAAGAACAUUGCGCAGAACACGAACGUGGGGACCAUAGAACUGGUUCUGAAACGAUUCAUCGAACUCGCCGAACAAAAGGUUCAGGAGGCUCAGGCCAAAGCCGACCAAGUUCAGUCCUCCCUUGAAUCUGUAGCAUCUUCGACAAACCUCAACAUCGAGGAUCUGGAAGCUACCGAGACCCCAGAAACCAUCCUCCUCGCCACAGUUUCUGGCGAGCAGUCCAAAGACCGAACCGAUCGAGCAAUUGUGACACCAUGGCUCAAGUUCUUGUGGGAGACUUAUCGCACAGUUCUCGAGAUAUUAAAGAACAAUGCUCGGCUCGAGGUCAUGUAUCAGAGCACCGCUCAUCAGGCUUUCGAUUUCUGUCUCAAGUACACCAGGAAGACUGAAUUCCGUCGCCUGUGCGAACUUUUGCGAAACCAUGUCCAGAAUGCUGCCAAAUACUCCUCUCAGAUGCACGCCAUCAAUCUCAGCGAACCGGACACGUUGCAACGCCAUCUCGAGACCCGCUUCCGACAGUUGAACGUUGCAGACGAACUCGAGUUGUGGCAGGAGGCCUUCCGAAGUGUUGAGGACAUUCACAUGCUUCUCACCCUGUCGAAGCGACCUGCGAAGAAUCUCAUGAUGGCAAAUUACUAUGAGAAAUUGACCAAAAUCUUCCUGGUCAGCGACAACUUCUUGUUCCAUGCCGCUGCAUACAACAAAUACUACAAUCUCCUCCGCCAAUCUGCUGCCGCUGUUGCGGCUGGGCAGACACCUAAACGGGACAACCCUGUGGUCACAGAGGAGGCGUUGACCAAGGCGGCCUCCUUUGUCUUGCUUUCUGCACUGGCAAUUCCUGUCAUCAGCACAUCUCGAUCACGUGGUGUUCUGGUGGACGUUGAUGAAGCACGGAAAAACAAGAACAAUCGCCUGACCAAUCUCCUGAGCAUGCCAUCCGCGCCGACAAGAGCGGGUCUCUUCAAGGAUAUACUCAAUAAAGGCUUGCUGAAGAGAGUGAGGCCGGAAAUCAGAGACCUCUACGACAUCCUCGAAGUUGACUUCCAUCCUCUGUCUAUCUGCAAAAAGAUCGCUCCGAUUCUAGCCCGAAUUGGAGCCGAUCCGGAGAUGGAAAAGUAUGUGCUCCCUCUCCAACAAGUCAUUCUCACUCGACUCUUCCAGCAACUCUCUCAGGUCUACGAAUCUGUCGAGCUGAGCUUUGUGAAUCGGCUUGCUCAGUUCCCUGCUCCCUUCGAAGUGACUCCUGCCAUGAUUGAGAAGUUCAUCAUGAACGGAUGCAAGAAGGGUGACUUGUCGAUUCGUCUUGACCACGUUUCUGGCAUUCUUGCCUUUGACUCCGACGUCUUCUCCUCUGCAAAGGCUCUUCACCCUGGCAGUGCAGCAGGAUCUGCUGAGAGCGAGACUGGUUCAGUCCAACGGCUACAGAACACCCCUGCGGAGAUUGCACGAUCGCAGCUUACUCGCCUGGCCAAGACCCUCCAUAUCACUUGCAUGUAUGUUGAUCCGUCUUACAACCAGGCCCGUCUCGCCGCCAGAGAGUCUGCACUGGCACGAGCCGAGGCUGGUGCCCAGCAAGAACUAGAAGCGACUCUUGAGAGGCGAGUGGUGAUCGAAAAGCAGAAGGAAGCCCUUUCUGAAGCUCUCUCAAAGAAACAGCGAGAAGAAGAGACUCGCCGUCGUAUUCGUGCCCAGCAGCAGGCAGAGAUAGAGUCCCAGCGUCUUCGCGAAGAGACUCGCGCGCGGGAGCUGAAACGUGUCAAGGAUGAACAGGCCCGUAUCCGGCGCCAGGAGAUCGAGAAACAACUCGAAGAGCUCAAGGGCGGCAUGAAGCUUGAUCUCGAAGAUCUCAACAUCGACGAACUUGACUCGAAUGCCAUUCGAAUGCUGAAGCUAACUCAGCUUGAGAAAGACAAGCAUGAAAAAGAUCACAAGAUCAACAUCACCGCCAAGCGGAUUGACCAUAUCGAACGCGCCUUCCGCCGCGAAGAACUCAAAUAUGCGGACGCGGAUUAUGAGAAGCAACACGAGGCAGAUUUGAAGCUCCACGAACAGAUUAAGGAGGACAAGCUUAGGGAGGCCAAGGAGAAACACAAAGAAGGGUUGGCUCUCAAGCAUCGUCUGAGCAGGCUCGUCAAGCCCUAUGAUUCAUUCAAGGGUCAGAUCACUGAACGCCGCGCGGCCGAGUUCGAGAGACUUCGCAAGCGAGCCGAGCGCGAAUUUGAGGAGGAGAAGAGGAAGCGCAUCAAGGCGUACCAUGAGGAGAAGAUCAGACAACGAGAGGCCCAAGAAGCCGAAGAGCAGCGAAUCCGCGAGGAGGAGGAGGCCAGGCAACGCGAAGAAGAAGAGCGAGCCCAGGCCGAGGAAGAGAAGAAGAGAAUCGCGGCCGAGAGGAAGGCUAAGGCCGAGGCGGACCGUCUCGAGCGUGAGGAAGUUGCUCGGAAACAAAUGCAACGAGAGGAAGAAGCUAUUGCUCGACGCGCCGCCCGCAAAGCGGCAGGCCCUGAAACCGUGCCAGUCUCUCACCCAAGAGAGGCAGCACCCUUGGACGCCCGAGCCGACUCUUCAGAAGGCCGCGUUGCUCCCCGCGUCAAUUUGCCUAGCAAGGCCGGUGGUUGGCGUGAACGGCAAGCGGCAAAGGAAGCAGCUGGGGCCACUGGCCGCACUACUACUCCUGAACCUCAUGCUCAUGCUCCCGCUACCGCUGUCCAGGAACCGGCACACACUCAACCUCGCCGCCCUGGAGGCUAUGUCCCUCCUCAUCUGCGCGAAGGUCCCGGAGCUCGUGCGGAACUACCGACUCGUGACCUGCCGCCGCGCAACUCAUCGGCUUCACCCGCUAACGGUGCAAGCGGUUCCCGAUUUGUGCCCGUGCCUGUGCGUGUGAGAGAGGAGGGUCGCAGCUUGUCAAGGGAAGGCGCCGGCUCACCAGCGACUGCCAGCGGUGACGAAGCACCAAGAAAGCCUGCAACUGGAGCAACUGGAGGACGUUAUGUGCCCCCUAGCAUGCGCAAUCGUCAACAGUAG